AUGUCCAGCAUUGUCAGCGAUGAUGCUUUGGCAACUGCCAUGUUUACUUACAGCAAAAUUUUAAGUCCUUCAUUACAGGUCCUGGCCAUCCUGGCCAAUAUUUUCAACAUCGUCACGUUCUGCAAAAUCGGACUCAAAGACAGCGUCAACGUGACGUUUCUGGCCAUCGCUAUAUCGGACGUAGUCUACGUUGUUAUGGACGCGUUCAUCUCUGCAUCCGUGGUGAUAGCUCUGUCUCCAUGGCAACGAGACCUACCCGUCGGCAUGCUGUCUCUGAGCGGUUGCGUUCAUUUCUACCAAUUUGUUUUUCUUGACUCCUCCACCUGCCUGGAGACGUACCUGGCCAUAACAAGGUGUUGCUGUGUGGCAUUGCCGCUAAAAUUCAAAAACAUGUUCACCGUAACGAGGACUUUGAUAAUCAUCAUAAUAAUAUUCACGUGCAACCUCUUUUUGAGGGUGCCGCUAUUUACAUCUUACGGUCUAGCCUGGCUGAAAAGCUCGACAACCAACUUGACGAAACUGUCUUUCGUGGCCCAAAAAGAUUUCCAGACGUUCAACAUGGUGGAACAAGUUGGCGCCAGAACGGUGUGCCCUGUCAUCUUCCUCUUUAUAUCAACCCUCUGCUCAUUUCUGCUGACCAAGUCGUUGGUUGCAGCUUCGCUGAGAAGAAAACUAAUGACCCAAUGUGACAGCUUAGUAAAUAAUAACGCGUCAGAAAAAAGCCAAAUAAAUGAACCAAUCACGACAAAAACUCUAAGCGCAAAAGAGGUACAGCUGGUCAAGGCCGUAACUCUGGUUAUAUUUCUGCUCGGCAAUGUCCUGCUCGUCUUGUCUGUAUUCUCUCUCGCCCAAGCUGCCGUCGCGGAAUUCUAUCCUGGCAAAAAAUACAAGAAUCUCCACGGUGUGGUCACGUACGCUGUCAAUUUAUUGCUCAUAUCGCACGCAGGUUAUAAGUCUAUCAUCUACUAUAAGUUCAACACCAAAUAUAGAAGUACAGUGAACGCAUUAUUGCGUCUUGAUAGCAAGUUACAUUGA